CGGGGGGGGGGGCGGCGGCAGGAUGGACGGCUCGGAAGCGGGGGGUCCUCUGGCCGGAGUGGCUGGGUGGCUUUUUUCCGGCUAGGCGCUUGUGAUGCAAGACACGUGUCUCCGAAUCCACACACCCUCCGCUCUGUUCGAGAAGAGGCUCUUUCGAAGGAAGUGCCGGAUGAUCCCGGGCGCUGGGCUACAGGCAGGCUGCCGGCCACCCGAGGAGGCACGGCUGGCCGCUUCUGCCCUCACCCCUUCCAGCAAAGGGCAAGCGCCUCGGGAGAAGCAGCCUCCUUCCUUUCCACACACAUCUGCGCUGCUGCUGCUGCUUUGGAUGAAGGAUGGCAGAAAAUGUCUCUCUAGUCCCUAUGCCUCGGAGCCGUAUCCGAGAUCCCCCAACGCCACCGACGAUGUCCGUGGAGCCAUCAGGGAGGGGAGCCAUCACCAGCAGCAGCAGCAACAGGCCGCUGCAGACAGAGAGUCGCUGGGGAAGCACCGUCCAGGGGGCCCCCCGAGGAAUGGCCCCUGGCCAGGGAGAAACGCGUCCACAGCCGAAGCCUCUCAGGCCACUGGAGCAAAGGAAUCCCAGCUCAGGACGCCUGCUGUUCUCCCAGAUGGCGGCAGAGGAGGAGGAGGAGGCGGAGGCCCUGCCAUGGCUGCUGACGGCCCAGCUGCCCGCGGUCCCCCUGCGGCAGGCGGCGUCUCUGUGAGAUUCUUCUCCGGUGAAAUGGAUGAAAUGAAAAACGAGUCUGCCCUCUGUUUGAGCUGCCCGGGAGGGACGGGCCAAGGGAGCCCUCAGCCGCAGAAGCCUUUGUUGGGCGACUCCUCCGACAAGGGCCCCAUGGAAGCCUUGUCCGUUGUCACCAGCUUUGUUCGGCCCGUCCAGGGUCAGGAUGGGACGUGGCAGGGAUCUGAGGCAAAGGCAGGCCCGGGGAGCCCGCCCCCUACCCCAGAAGGCCAGGAGGAGGCCGGAAGUGGGGACCCGCGUGCCCAGGCCUCUCCAAAGCAGGGCAGCUUCGCCGAAUGGACCGUGAUCCCUCCCACCCUGUUGACCACAGAGACCAGCUCGCCAACAGGCCGAGGCCUCAGUUCCGAUUCAGCCGAAACAGACCUUCUGCUCGACACCUUUGAGGUUGCUGUGCCGCCAUCCCCCACUCUGGGUGCCCCCAUUCAGACCUUGGACGAGGCCGGGAGGGUCCAGGACCAAGACUCCGCCCAGAAGGAGGAGCCUUUGGAGUUGUGGGUGGAUGCCACUAGCAACUCACCGGCUGAGGGUGCCCAAGGCCUCACUGACCUGACCUGGCUCGAUACGGAGGCACCCCAGUUGGGCACCACGCCUCCAGACAAGGCCAUGCAGACCUCUAAGCCGUCGUUGGACCCACUGGCCUCUGAAAUCAUUGACAUAGAUUACUAUGACCUGUAUGAGCGGGAGAGUCUGGGUGGAGCCGGCUCUGAUUCCACUAAGAGGAAACCUUCGGAUGAGAAAGGGAUGUCCUGGUCCCUCCACGACCUCUACGACGACUUUACACCCUUUGACGAGUCAGAUUUCUACCCCACCACCUCCUUCUAUACAGAUGGCGACGAGGAGGACUUGGAGGAGCCGGAGGAGGACGAGGAGGAGGAAGAAGGUGGAGGUGGGUUGGCUAGGGAGCUGGAGGACGAGAACGACUAUCGGAUCCCCACUCCGGCCACCCCCAAAAUCCAGACCAUGGUCCAGGAAGCGGAAUCCACAAGCCGUCGCUAUGUGGUCCCCCCUCUGCAGACUUUCAUUGUCUCCGGGGGGAACGGUGCAGCCACGCCCCGGCCCCGGCCUGCAGAAAUGGGCAGAGACCUGAGCCUGUCUGGCAGCGGUGAGAACGGCACCGAAUGCCGAAGCGGCUACAUCCGGCACAACAAUUCUUGCAAGUCUCUGUGUGACACCUUUCCCAGCUACUGCCACAAUGGGGGACAGUGCUAUCUGGUAGAGAACCUGGGAGCCUUCUGCAGGUGCAACACCCAAGAUUACAUCUGGCACAAAGGGAUCCGCUGUGAGUCCAUCAUCACCGACUUCCAGGUGAUGUGUGUGGCUGUGGGCUCGGCUGCCCUGGUCGUCCUGCUGCUCUUCAUGAUGACCGUCUUUUUUGCCAAGAAACUCUACCUGCUCAAAACGGAGAACAACAAGCUCCGCAAGACCAAAUACCGAACUCCCUCCGAGCUCCACAAUGACAACUUCUCGCUGUCCACCAUUGCUGAGGGCUCCCACCCAAAUGUAAGGAAAUUUUGCGACACCCCGUGUAACCUCUCCCCUCAUGCCCGUGCAUUGGCUUACUAUGAUAACAUUAUCUGUCAGGACGACCCCAGUGCCCCUCACAAGCUCCAGGACCCCUUGAAAUCCUGCCUCAAAGAAGAGGAGCCCUUUAACAUCCAGAACUCCAUGUCGCCCAAGCUGGACAACGGCAAAGGGGACCCCGAGGACGCCGAGGUGAAUUGUCUGCAGAACAACCUGACAUGAAGCACCAGGCGGCCGGGUGGUGGGGCGGUGGGGAGUGCCUGGAGAACAUUCUCGCAAAAGAGCACGAGAGCCUUUUCCUAUUGUACAACGCUCAUUCCUUGUCAUGGUUGGUUCUGUUUCCUUCCCCGACUUCAUAGCAUGCUAUGGUGUGUUUUGUACAGAAAACAAAAACAAAAAGAAAUAAUAAUCCACAAGAAGACGACUCCAAGUGUCCCUCGAUGAAUCGUGUGCGUUGGGUUGUUCGGUAUGUCCCCGUCUGUAUCUUGCCUGGGUUUGCCCCCUCCCCCUCCCCCUCCCCUCCCCUUUCACCACUGUUAUUUCUAAACCUUUGCUGUUAUUCAACUGACUUUUUGUUUUGGUACUUUUAUCCUGCCUUUUUUGAGAAACAAGUUUAAAAAUGUGAAAAAAAUUAAAGACCUUGAAAUUAAAGAAACAACAUUUUUUUAAAGUUAA